AUGUCCAACGAAGGCCGAAUCGCUACCUUGGAUGCCUCCAUUGCCCCUCGGCUACCUCCAUAUUCAACCACCCUCUUCAAUGCAAAGGCAGCCAAGGGUGUAAGCUUCGAGGAGAUCGCCAAGCAUCUCGAGCGGAGCGAGGUCGCAUGCGCGGCAUUGUUCUAUGGUCAGGCGACAGCCACCCCAGAGGAUAUAGACCGUCUCUCCCAGUUUCUCGGCAUCCCCAAGAAUGCUCUAGAAGCCGAGAUGAUGGGCUUCCCUGACCGGGGCCGCGCAGCACCAAUGCCCCCAGUAGAGCCCUUGAUCUAUAGACUCUAUGAGAUUGUUCAAAAUUACGGAUAUGCGUACAAGGCAAUCCUGAAUGAAAAGUUCGGGGACGGGAUCAUGAGCGCCAUCUGCUUCUCGACCAAAGUGGACAAGGAGAUAGAUGAAUCAGGUGCUCCCUGGGUUGUCAUCACAUUGAAAGGCAAAUGGUAA